ACCUUCGUUUGAAGUAGAAACGCUUCUGCAGUUCCGCUUCACAGACACACACAUACUGGAACUCCAAAAUGAUUAACAACGGAGUCUGCAGUCUCCGCACGUGUCUCCGUUUCCCGGAGAGACCUCUAUUCCUACCAUCGCCGCGCUCAUUCAGUUGCCGGCGGCGGUUUCGUACCACUGCAUCCGAAACCAACAAGAAAGAGAAGGUGGUUGUGAUUUCUGGACCCACCGGUUCCGGCAAGAGCCGCCUUGCAUUGGAACUCGCUAAGCGCCUUAACGGCGAAAUCGUCAGCGCCGACUCCGUUCAGGUAUAUCGAGGUCUUGAUGUUGGAUCUGCAAAGCCUUCUCCAAAUGAUAGAAAGGAAGUACGGCAUCAUCUGAUUGACAUACUGCACCCAUCUGAAGACUAUUCUGUUGGGCAGUUUUUUGAGGAUGCAAGGCAUGCUACAAGACGUAUUCUUGACAAUGGCCAUGUUCCCAUUGUUGUUGGGGGCACUGGAUUGUAUUUAAGAUGGUUCAUAUAUGGAAAGCCAGAUGUACCUAAAGCCUCUCCAGAUAUUUCAUCUGAAGCAUAUCAAGAGUUAGCUGAACUACAAAGGAAUGAGGACUGGGAUGCAGCUGUGCAGUUGGUGGUAAAAGCAGGUGAUCCAAAGGCCCAAUUUCUAACAAUGAAUGAUUGGUACCGAUUACGGCGUAGCCUAGAGAUUAUUAAGUCUAGUGGAUCACCUCCUUCUGCUUUUCCAGUACCGUAUGAUUCUUUCAGGGAACAGGGUGAUUGUAGUCUUGCCGAUGAUUCUGCGUCUUCUGAUAUGAACCCAUAUGGUGAUGCAAUGGAUGAAACCAAAUUGUCAGAGUUAGACUAUGAGUUUAUGUGUUUUUUCCUUUCUAGCCAAAGACUUGACCUCUAUAAGUCAAUUGAUUAUCGGUGUGAAGAUAUGCUACUAGGAAGGGAUGGGAUUUUGUCUGAGGCUCGAUGGCUUCUUGAUACUGGUCUUAAUCCAAACUCCAAUUCUGCAACAAAAGCAAUUGGUUACAGACAAGCCAUGGAGUACUUACUAAAAUGCAGACAGCAACAGGGUGAGAGUUCAGUUGGAGAAUUUUACAAAUUCUUGUUUGAAUUUCAAAAAGCAUCACGGAAUUUUGCUAAAAGGCAGUUGACAUGGUUUCGCAAUGAACAGAUAUACCACUGGCUUGAUGCUUCUAAACCUCUGGAAACCAUUCUCGAUUUCAUUCAUGGCUCAUACUAUGAUAGGAAUGGAAGUCUUCUUGUUCCUGAACACCUAAAAAUGUCGAGAGAUAUUUCUAAUCACAAAGAAGCUUCUAAACUUAAGUCUUACCGCACUAAAAAUAGGCAUUUUGUAAACGGGGAAGAUUGUUCUCAUAUUCUGGACUGGAUAAGGAAGACUCAGAGGUGAAGGGAUAGCGAUUUUCUUUUUGCAUUCCCUUAAACUGGCUUCAAAUUUGAAAUUAUAAAGGAGGGUACUAAGUUUUCAGGUUACACAGGAAGUUCUUGUUACCCUUGCUUGGUUAGAUCAUUUUGUCAGCCGCAAUAACUUAUUGAUAGAGUGUAAUUGAUUUUUGACUGAGCUUAAUGGUGACAUGUAAUCCAUGUAAUUAAUCUCAAUAAAUGAGAUAAGACUUGAUUGUUGUUGUUGAUGGUGUAAUAUUUUAUUGAUAGAGUACUGUAACGACAGCUGAACUUAGUCGCAUCAACGGCAUAAGCGGGGCGAAAAAGCAGCUGAGGAAAUACAAUACAUUUUUGGUUUUGUCUUCAUUUUUACCAUCCUACCAUGUAUUCUCUGUUCAUGUUCAGUUAUUUGCGGCCUUUAUUACACUUAGGUCUUGGAAAUGAGAUCUGUAACACUAGCCACGCAGACUUCAGAAAGAGAAAAUAAGCAAGGAAAAACAGAAUAUAAAUUUUGCUUAUCGUUGGAACUGAGAAUGUUGAACAUUGUUUGGUAUCAACUAUAUUGAACUGCACCGAUAUUGGCGUGGGUGGCAACUAUCAAAUUUUCCUUGUCACUUGCAAUAGAACGAACAUAUGAUUUUGAAUUCCCAAGUUGUGCACUUUCGGCCUCCCUUGGGAAGUCUUCUAGCAGACGCAAUGGCUGUUCUUGUAUUUUUAAGCGUUUUUCGUGUUUUAAGGGUAUACAAUAAAAGAUUCUUAAUAUUUAAUAUUUUUGCUUUAUAGU